AAUAGCAGGAUGUUGUAAAGAAACUCGUUUGGGUUGAUUAUUGCAUUCAGGUUUGCCAACUCUCACACAUCUGACGUGACACUCACGGGAGAAAUCUUACGGCAAAGUAAUAUUAUUUCGUUGUAAAUGUAACAUUAGCUACAUCAGAAGCGCUGGGGUGAUGUGCAAACUCUACACUAUUAACAAGGGAAUCAAACUGUUACAUACACGAUAGUGCGUGUUCAGACUCACCUCGAAUUGAAAAUCUCACGCCAGUCAUCUGACUAAAGUUGAAAACCAUGCGCAUUUAGGAAAUUAAGAAAGGUUGUGUGGAGUUUUGGGAAGCUCCAUGCUUUUAAAACAGCAGUCUUUCCCGGGAACUUGAGAACCCAGGGUUAGUUUUCAGUUGGCCGCCUUCAGUUCGGGUUCAAAGGUCGGAGUAGAAACAAAUACAGCAUGCAGAAACUGUGAGUGGCAACAACGUCCGUGUUUUGAUUUCGGUAGUCCAGCGUAAAGAACGAAAAGAAUAUAAAAUACUUAAGAAAAUGAGAGAGAUUGUAUCCAGAAGCUUGGUUUUUACAGCCUUCAGCAUCUCCAUAGCUCGUUUUUAUUCCUGCUGUGCCGGCAGCUCCCAAGUUGAUGUUCCGAAUAUACCCGAUAUUGCGAAGCGUUUUGGUACCAAAGGCCGUUAUGAAGAAGUGAAUCCCUAUCUACUCGAUGACAUAUUGGCUGUCAACAAAACUGUUUUGAAACCGCCGCCUGGAUGCGACGCAGUGCACCUCACUGUAAUCAUUAGGCACGGGACACGAUUUCCGACGAAAAAGAACGUGAUAAAAAUGCACGACAUUUACAAUCUUGUUAUGGCAGAGGCGAAGAGCAAUGCAGGAUGGCUGCAUGAGAUCAAAAGCAAAUGGCAGAUGUGGUACAAAGAGGAGAUGGAUGGUCGCAUCGUGGAGAAAGGCCGAGACGAUCACAGGCAUCUGGCCGUCAGAUUGGCCACCGCUUUCCCGUCGUUAUUCUCUGAAGAAAACUUGAGAGGCAACCGCAUCAAGUUCAUCACCAGUUCGAAACACCGGUGUGUGGACAGCAUCGUGGCUUUCCAGGAAAGCCUGCGGAGACUCUGGGAUGUCAGAGAUGUGGAUUUCAGUCAUGAGGUCAAUGAUGACCUGAUGAGAUUCUUCGAUCACUGUAGAAGAUUUAUUGACGAUGUGGAAAACAACGAGUCUGCUCUUAAAGAAGUGGACCUGUUCAAGUCCUCGGCGGAGAUGAAGCUGGUCCAGGAAAAGAUGGCUGACCGCCUGCAGGUUCCACAGAGUCACAUCACGCCAGAUAUGGCUGAGGCUGCCUUCUUCUUGUGUGCUUACGAGCUUGCCAUUAAAUCUGAGAACUCCGCUUGGUGCAACCUCUUCGACGAAUCCGAUGCCCAGGUGCUGGAAUAUAAAAACGAUCUGAAGCAGUACUGGAAAAGGGGCUAUGGCUAUGACAUCAACCGCAAAUCCAGUUGCACUCUCUUUCACGACAUCUUCACUCGUUUGAACCAGGCUGCUAAUGAAAUCAGGUCAGGUGAUGUGACGGAGCCCGUAGCUGUUCAGGUGGGCCAUGCGGAGACCCUCUUGCCCCUACUCUCACUUAUGAAUCUCUUCAUGGUGGAAACGCCCUUAACCGCAGCGAACUUUGCCGAGCAGCACAACCGCACGUUUCUCACCAGCCGCAUGGUGCCCUACGCUGCCAACCUGGCCUUCGUGCUGUACAGCUGCCAAGAGGGACCGCGACUACAGCUCGUCCUUAACGAGAGACCCCUGACUUUCCCCGGGAUCAGCCACCCGGUGCCACUCUUCCGGGACGUCAAAGAGCAGUAUGGAGAGCUGCUGAGCGGCUGCGAUUUCGACAAGGAGUGCGAGUCGCCGCUCUCAAACUGCAGCAAAUGCUCUGAACUGUGACCUGUGUACUGCAGGAGGCAGUAUUCAUACCACUUUAGUCUUGGAAAUCCCAAAUCCUAUAUACGGUGUGACAUGCUUUAAUACGGCUGCUGGAGCUGAUGAUUUUUUUUAAAUGCACUGUCUGCUUUCAGUACAUAUUCUUGUCAUGAAAUUGUUCAUAAUUCACAAUGUUUCUUUCACCAGGCUACUAAUGACCAAACCUCCAAACUUGAAUACCCCCCCCCCCAAAUACACACACACAUAUAAAUGUCUACCUCCUAAAAAUAUGUAGUGUUUGAAAUUGGGACCUUUUGCUUUAUAUUUAUAAUAAUGGUGUAAUCUGAGGCCGGGGGGGGUGCUAGAGAUUUUGGGCCCCCAACCCAGACCAGUCCAGUUAUGAUCCAAAUUUUUCUAGCACCUAUCACUCGGGGACCCUUAUAAUGGUCCUAAAUCCCCCCCCCCCCCCCCCUUUACAGUGCCCCUGUCUGAGGUGACUCAAAGUUGUAGGUUUGAAUCGUAUGUGUGUGGAGUUCGUGUGUUUUGCCUGGGUUGUGUGGGUUCCAGAGACGCACAGUUAAACUAGUUAAACUGGACGAUGUAAUCUGAGCAAAAAGUCUAGAAAUAUACGUUUAAGAACAAUGUAUUGAAAUUAAUAGGUUUUUUAAAACUAGAGUUCCCUGCUUUACAACUUUUUUGUACUUCAUCUUUUGAUUGAGUGAUUUGUUCGGGAACAUUGAAAAAAUGUUCUAUUUUAUCCAACAGUGGCUUUGAGGUGAUACUAUAAGUUAAUUCAUGGUGUUUUCAGCGCAGAUGUGUGAUUCUUUUAUAUAAUGUGCUACUUGUUUAACAAAUAAAAUUGAUUGAAAAGACAA